CUCGCCAGACCUGGCCGCAACAAGUUAGGCUGAAUCGAGGUUAUAUAGACCGGUGGCGGAGCACGCGUGUGUGCGGACGCAGUUGUGUGAGGGGUUUCUGCCAUUCUCAGUGCAGUGGAGCAAAGCUUGUUCCUCUCCCGUUCCGUCUUACAGGUUGAAUUGACCAAAGCAAUGGUGAUGGAGAAGCCUAGUCCCCUGCUGGUCGGGCGGGAGUUUGUGAGACAGUAUUACACACUGCUGAACCAGGCCCCAGACAUGCUACAUAGAUUUUAUGGAAAGAACUCUUCCUAUGUUCAUGGGGGAUUGGAUUCAAAUGGAAAGCCAGCAGAUGCAGUCUAUGGGCAGAAAGAAAUCCAUAGGAAAGUGAUGUCACAAAACUUUACCAACUGCCACACCAAGAUUCGACAUGUUGAUGCUCAUGCCACUUUGAAUGAUGGUGUAGUGGUCCAAGUGAUGGGGCUUCUCUCUAAUAACAACCAGGCUUUGAGGAGAUUCAUGCAGACAUUUGUCCUUGCUCCUGAGGGCUCUGUUGCAAAUAAGUUCUAUGUUCACAAUGAUAUCUUCAGAUACCAAGAUGAGGUCUUUGGUGGCUUUGUCACUGAGCCUCAGGAGGAAUCUGAGGAAGAAGUAGAGGAACCUGAAGAAAGACAGCAGACACCUGAGGUGGUUCCUGAUGAUUCUGGAACUUUCUAUGAUCAGACUGUUGUCAGUAAUGACAUGGAAGAACAUUUAGAGGAGCCAGUUGUUGAACCAGAACCUGAUCCUGAACCAGAACCAGAGCAAGAACCUGUAUCUGAAAUCCAAGAGGAAAAGUCUGAGCCAGUGUUAGAAGAAACUGCUCCUGAGGAUACCCAGAAGAGUUCUUCUCCAGCACCUGCAGACGUAUCUCAGACAGUCCAGGAAGACUUGAGGACCUUUUCUUGGGCGUCUGUGACCAGUAAGAACCUUCCACCUAGUGGAGCUGUUCCCGUUACUGGAAUACCACCUCAUGUUGUUAAAGUACCAGCUUCACAGCCUCGUCCAGAGUCUAAGCCUGAAACUCAGAUUCCACCACAGAGACCUCAAAGGGAUCAAAGAGUGCGAGAACAGCGGAUAAAUAUUCCUCCCCAGAGAGGCCCCAGACCAAUUCGUGAGGCUGGUGAGCAAGGUGAUGUUGAACCCCGAAGAAUUGUGAGACACCCUGACAGUCACCAGCUCUUCAUUGGCAAUCUGCCUCAUGAGGUGGACAAAUCCGAGCUUAAAGAUUUCUUUCAAAAUUAUGGGAAUGUGGUGGAGCUGCGCAUCAACAGUGGUGGGAAAUUACCCAAUUUUGGUUUUGUUGUGUUUGAUGAUUCUGAGCCUGUUCAGAAGGUCCUUAGCAACAGGCCCAUCAUGUUCAGAGGUGAAGUCCGCCUGAAUGUGGAAGAGAAGAAGACUCGAGCUGCCAGGGAAGGGGACCGUCGAGAUAACCGCCUUCGGGGACCUGGAGGCCCUCGAGGUGGGCUGGGUGGAGGCAUGAGAGGCCCUCCUCGUGGAGGCAUGGUGCAGAAACCAGGAUUUGGAGUGGGAAGGGGGAUUGCUCCAAGGCAGUGAAUUGUUCUUCACUGAUCUUCACACAGCCGUUCACACCCUAACUCCUACAGAAUGGUGAAUUUCUUCAACCAGCCUUUGCUAUCUUGGGAGUAUGAUCCUAGUCUGUUAUAAACUGCUUACUUUUGUACCAUUUUACUUCUUGUGUUAAUGGUGUGUGCUCCUUAUCCCUUCCCUCUCCUGACCUUGAGUCCUUCACUUUCAAUUUUGUGGAAUGGUAUUUUAGGAGUAACGAAUUUUUAAAGAAGAAAAACAGACUGAAUUUCCUUGCUUUGCAUACACAGACUGGAUUUUUUUUUAACAGCCAUUUCCCCAAAGGAAUGUGUGUCUCGCUUAUUACUGACAUUUGGUGUUUCGUUCAUUGGAAUAUUUCUUACUUAUUUUCUACAUGUUUCAAAAGCCUGUGAGAAAUACAGGAUUUGAUAAACAUUUUAAAGGCAGGAAAAGCCCAAAUUGUUUCUUCUAGUAUGAGAGUCAUAACUACCUUCUGGUGUGGAGAAAUUGCCAUUGGAAAAUUUAACAAUUUUGAUUCUCACUGGUGUGGUUAAAAACUGAAUAAAAGGUGUUAAUAGAGUUUUUCUUUUGCUAUUUGAUCACAAAACAAUUCUCAAACCUGUUUUUGCCAUUAAAAUUUAAAUUGUGAGAUAGGUUUUAAAUGUCUAGACUGCAACUGAUACGCUUUUCUUGAACUGUUAGAUUUUUUUGAAGAGUUUUUUCAUGUUAAAUUUGUAUUUGUAAAAAAAAAAAACAACAAAAAAACAACAACAAAAAAAACAAACAAAAAAUCCCCCAAACAGAAAUAACAAAAAACCAGAGCAAAACUGUUGUGCCUUCUAUUUAUCUUUGAUUACAGUCUUGGCAGUUGUUUAAAGAAAACAAAGUAUGUGGGGAAUGUAGAAUCCCUCUUUCCGUCACCUUGUAUAUCUUGUUUUAACAUUGUUAUGCCUUAUUCUAAGAUUGAGUCUCAAACUGGAAUGCCUUUAAAGACAGAUGUUUCUAUAGUGGUCCUUUGACCUAAAUAGUUCAGCAUUUGUAUUAAGUUUUAUUUUGGUAUCUAAGCAGAUUCCUAAUCAUAGCCCGUAAGAAGGAAUGUGACAUUAAUACUGGACUUUGCUGAUGUGCUCAAGUGUCUGCAGUUUCUUUAAAUCAUAGCCAUAUGGUAAAUUUUCUAUUUUGUUACGGUUCUCUCUCUCUCUUUUUUUGAUGGGCAUGCAGUGGGUGUUUCUUGGAAAUGGCCAAUUUUUAUUAAAAUAUUUCUGGAAGAAAAUUUAA